GGUCGCUAUGGGUGACGCCGACGCUUAGACUGACGAAUCCUGGGAAAUGUACACAAGUCUUGUACAGCAGUUUAGCCUUUAAACGAAAAGUAUGAAGCGCGUAUUCACAAUCGCAGAGAAAAAUUGGCAGGGGUCCUGCCUGCAUUACAAAUGGCAGAAAACUUUGGGGAAUUAUCUUGCCGUUGCUGGUUUCGACAACACCGUAAAGAUCUUCGAUCGGCAUGGGCAAAGAAUGAAUGAAUUUAAUCUACCAGGAAGGUGCAUAGGAAUGGAUUGGGAUAAAGAUGGGGACACCCUGGCAAUAAUAGCAGAGAAGUCAAGUGCCAUCCAUCUAUGGGAUGCAAAUGUCAACAAAACGUCACAGUUAGACAGCGGCAUGAGGGAUCAGAUGUCUUUUCUGCUGUGGUCUAAGACUGGGCCUUUACUUGCUGUGGGAACAGCCAAAGGGAACCUGCUCAUCUACAACCAGCAGACCUCCCGAAAGAUACCAGUUCUUGGUAAGCACACAAAACGCAUCACCUGUGGUUGCUGGAGCUCUCAGAACCUAUUGGCCCUGGGUAGUGAAGAUCGCAGUGUAACAAUCAGCAACCAUGAAGGGGACACCAUUCGACAGACAUCAGUACGGUCAGAUCCUGCCGAUAUUCAGUUCUCUGUGAUGAAGACAGAUGAGAGAUCUUCACCAGGAGAGAGCACAGUGAGCGUUGCUGUGGGGAAGAAGACUCUUUUCCUAUUCAACCUGAAUGACCCUGAUAACCCCAUUGAGUUGGCCUUCCAGCAGCGCUACGGCUCCAUAGUCUCCUACCGCUGGUAUGGGGAUGGAUAUAUAAUGAUAGGAUUCUCUCAGGGUUAUUUUGUGGUCAUCUCCACUCACAUCCGUGAGAUUGGCCAGGAGCUCUUUCAAGCUCACAACCACAAGGACAGUCUGACCAGCAUCGCCAUCUCCCAGUCUCUCAGCAAGGCGGCCUCCUGUGGAGACAGCUGUAUAAAGAUCCAUGACCUCACAGAACUUAAGGAGAUGUAUGCCAUCAUCAACCUGGAUGAAGAAACCAAAGGUCUGGACCAGCUGUCAUGGACAGAUGAUGGACAGCUGUUGGCAGUGUCCACCCAGCGUGGCUCUCUGCACGUGUUUCUCACACGACUGCCAAUCCUCGGCAGCAGCUCGGGCACACGGAUGGCGUACCUCACGUCACUAUUAGAGGUCACGGUCGCUAACCCCGUGGAGAUGGAAGGACCAUUAGCCGUAGCAGUGGACGUGGAGCCUAAUUUCAUUGCUGUAGGGCCAUACCAUGUUGCUGUGGGGAUGAAUAAUCGGGCAUGGUUUUACGCUGUAGGAGAAAAUGCAGUAGAAAGGCUGAAGGACACUGAGUAUUUGGGCACGGUGGUGAGCAUGUGUCUGAAUGCUGACUACGCAGCUGCACUGUUUGAGGGGAAAGUGCAGUUACACAUGAUUGAGGGUGAGGAGCAGGAGGAGAGGCAGACAAAAUUGUUCUCUGGUGAUAAAUAUCGCAUCAUGAGCCACGCACUUACUGCUGACUUCCUGUUCUUAGGCACUGAUACGGGCUUGAUCCAGUGCUUUUUCAUUGAGGACUGGCAGAACAUUAAUGAGUAUCGCCACCCCGUGGGUGUGAGGAAGGUUUUCCCCGACCCCAGUGGGACACGUCUCAUCUUCAUAGAUGACAAGAGCGAUGGAUUCCUUUUCAGCCCGGUGAAUGAUGCAGUGUGUGAGAUCCCUAACUUUUCUCCAACCAUCAAUGGUGCUAUUUGGGAAACCUGGCCAGGGGAUAAGGGGGUCUUUGUGGCCUAUGAUGACGACAAAGUUUAUACCUAUGCCUUCCACAAAGACACCAUUCAGGGCUCCAGAGUCAUCCUUGUGGGUGGCACCAAACUUCCAUUUUCCCAUAAGCCCUUGCUACUCCACAAUGGGGAGUUAAUAUGUCAGACACAGAGUGGCAAGACCAACAGUGUGUACCUGAGCACACACAGUUUUGUCAGAGCCCGAUUCUCUGAGGCCUCGAGGGAGCAGCUCACACAGAUGCUCCAAAAGGCCCUGAUGCUCAAGAGGUUCCUGGAGGCAUGGGAGAUGUGUAAGCUUCUUAACUGCUCAGAGACGUGGGCUGAGAUGGGGCGGACGUGUCUGCAUCACAUAGAGGUGGAGCUGGCAGUGCAAGUGUAUCGCAUGAUGGGGAAUGUAGGCAUGGUCAUGUCCCUGGAAGAUAUCAAGGGUAUAGAGGAUCAGAAUCUGCUGGCUGGCCAUCUGGCCAUGUUCACUAACGACUACAACCAGGCCCAGGACCUCUACCUGGCCUCCUCCUGCCCUGGGGCUGCUCUGGAGAUGAGAAGAGACCUGCAGCACUGGGAUAGUGCACUGCAGCUGGCUAACAGGCUAUCUCCAAACGAAAUGCCGUUUAUCUCUAAAGAAUACGCCAUCCAACUGGAGUUCAUUGGAGACUAUGUGAAUGCACUGUCCCACUUUGAAAAGGGAAUGACCCAAGAGAAUAAGGAGCAUGAUGAGGCGUGUCAGGCCGGAGUGGCACGGAUGUCCAUCCGCAUGGGAGAUAUCCGGCGUGGUGCAAACCUUGCCAUCAAGCACCCGAGCCGAGCGCUGAAGAAGGACUGUGGGGCCAUCCUGGAGAGCAUGAAGCAAUACUCAGAGGCAGCUCAGCUGUAUGAGAAAGGCCAGUAUUACGAUAAAGCUGCAUCGGUCUAUAUCCGCUGCAAGAACUGGUCGAAGGUGGGUGAGCUCUUACCUCAGGUGUCAUCUCCCAAAAUCCAUCUGCAGUAUGCAAAAGCCAAGGAGGCUGAUGGCAAAUUUAAGGAGGCAGCGAUGGCCUAUGAGAGUGCCCGGGACUGGGACAACGUGAUCCGCAUCUUACUGGAGCAUCUCAACAACCCUGAGGAGGCUGUGCGCAUCGUCAGGGAAACACAGUCCAUCGACGGAGCAAAGAUGGUGGCAAGGUUCUUCCUGAGUCUGAAUGACUAUGGUUCUGCCAUUCAGUUCUUGGUGCUGUCACACUGUAGCGACGAGGCCUUUCAGCUGGCACAGCAGCAUGAUCAGAUGGAGGUGUAUGCAGACAUCAUCGGCCCCGACGCCACAGCGGAGGAUUACCAGAGCAUCGCACUGCACUUCGAGGGGGAGAAGCAGCACCUUCUGGCCGGGAAGUUCUUCCAGAAAUGUGGCCAGUUUAGCAGAGCCCUGAAACACUUCCUGAAGUGUCCAAACACUGAAGAUAGCUUGGCCAUAGAGAAGGCCAUCGAGACUGUUGGAGAGGCUAAGGAUGAUGCUUUGACCAAUCAGCUGAUAGAUUAUCUGAUGGGAGAGAGUGAUGGCAUGCCAAAGGAUGCCAAGUAUCUGUUCCGGCUCUACAUGGCUCUUAAACAGUACAGAGAAGCAGCACGGACCGCCAUCAUCAUUGCCAGAGAGGAGCAGUCUGCAGGAAAUUACCGGAAUGCUCAUGAUGUGCUGUUCAGCAUGUACACGGAGCUACAGGCCCAGAAAAUCAAAAUCCCAUCUGAGAUGGCCACCAACCUCAUGAUCCUGCACAGCUACAUACUGGUGAAGAUUCAUGUGAAGAGGGGAGAUCACCUGAAGGGGGCGCGCAUGCUCAUCCGUGUGUCCAGUAACAUCAGCAAGUUCCCCUCACACAUUGUCCCCAUCCUGACAUCAGCUGUGAUAGAGUGCCACCGUGCCGGUUUGAAGAACUCGGCCUUUAGCUUUGCCGCCAUGCUGAUGCGCCCUGAGUACCGCAACAAGAUUGACCUGAAGUACAAGAAGAAGAUAGAGGCCAUGGUCCGGCGUCCAGAUACGUCCGAGUUAGAGGAGGACUCCACUCCGUGCCCGUUCUGUGGCGGCCAGCUGCCUGAGUGUGAGCUGCUGUGUCCAGGAUGCAAGAACAACCUGCCCUACUGCAUCGCCACGGGUCGGCACAUGGUGAAGGAGGACUGGUCAGUGUGUCCGCACUGUGAUUUCCCUGCGCUUUACUCCCAGUUAAUACAGCUGCUGGAGACCGAGUCGGUGUGUCCCAUGUGUUCUGAGAUUCUGAGUAUGAACCAGGUGAAGAGGAUCUCCGACUGCUCCAGCUACUUGCAGCUGAAUGAGCUGGAACAGUGAUGGCAGACAAGCCAGAGAGGAGAGAAGAGCCGAGAGAGAAGAGCUGCGGUCAAGGCCUUCUGAAAAGCAUCGAGCAUGGCGCUGAAUGGGCAUGGUGUCCGUUAGAUCUGUACACUGCACUGUGUCGGCCUGAGCAGUUCACUUCCCCAGGCCUGAGGACUCAGGUGCUCUGGCUGUGGUCAGGUGAUCUGAGCUAAGGGAUCCCUUCACCUAACCUACUCUUGUAAAAACACUAUUUAUAUAAACUAUGUUAUUUUUCACAUAAUUAUCAAAUAAAAAGAUAACAUUUUCUGUUUUA